UAUACUACUAUUUUGUUGUAGUCUUCACCUAACCUUCCUACUUUGCAUCUCUUCCUGACCCUCUGCCAUGAAUUUCUUUUCGUCGGCACUCAUCGUCUUCCUCUUCGGGACCCUCUCCUGCGCGGCUUUUGCCGCCCGAGAUCUUGAUGGAGGGAUCAUCCAGUUGCCUUCGGAAGCUACGAGGUUCUUUCAUGGGGGUCGCACGGAGGAGGAGAACCAACACGCUGAUGCCGAGGGAACGAAGUGGGCUGUUUUGAUCGCUGGUUCUAGCGGCUACUGGAAUUACAGACACCAGUCGGAUGUUUGUCAUGCGUAUCAACUUCAGAAAGGUGGCCUGAAAGAAGAAAAUAUUGUUGUGUUUAUGUACGAUGAUAUUGCUUUCAACGAAGAGAACCCAAGGCCUGGAAUUAUCAUUAACAGUCCAGAUGGGGAUGAUGUUUAUAAAGGGGUUCCGAAGGAUUACACUGGUGAAGAUGUUAAUGUUGAUAACUUUUUCGCUGUUAUACUUGGAAAUAAGACAGCUCUUAAAGGUGGCAGUGGGAAGGUUGUGGAUAGUGGUCCCAAUGACCAUAUAUUUAUAUACUACACUGAUCAUGGUGGUCCGGGAGUUCUCGGGAUGCCUACUAGUCCUUACCUAUAUGCGAAUGAUCUCAUUGAAGUUCUGAAAAAGAAGCAUGCUUCUGGAACGUAUAAAAGCCUAGUAUUUUACCUUGAGGCUUGUGAAUCUGGGAGCAUCUUUGAAGGUCUUCUUCCUGAAGGUUUGAAUAUUUAUGCUACAACAGCUUCCAAUGCAGACGAAAGCAGUUGGGGAACUUAUUGCCCUGGGGAGUAUCCUAGUCCUCCCCCAGAAUAUGAAACUUGCUUAGGUGACCUGUACAGUGUUGCCUGGAUGGAAGACAGUGAUAUUCACAAUUUGCGAACAGAAACAUUGCACCAACAGUAUAAACUGGUUAAAAGAAGGACAAUGAAUGGAAAUGCCGUCUAUGGCUCUCACGUGAUGCAAUAUGGCGAUGUAGGGAUUAGUAAGAAUCAUCUGGUACUCUAUUUGGGAACCAAUCCUGCUAAUGAAAAUUUCACUUUCGUGGAUGAAAACUCCUUGAGGCCACCCACAAAAGCAGUUAACCAACGUGAUGCUGAUCUCAUCCAUUUUUGGGAUAAGUACCGCAAAGCUCCUGAGGGUUCUCCUAGGAAAGUCAAAGCUCAGAAACAAGUUUUGGAAGCUAUGUCUCACAGAAUGCAUUUAGACAACAGCGUAAAACUUAUUGGAAAGCUGUUAUUUGGCAUUGAAAAGGGUCCGGAAGUGCUCAACUCUGUUCGGUCUGUUGGGCAACCACUCGUUGAUGACUGGAACUGCUUGAAAAUGAUGGUCAGGACAUUUGAGACAUAUUGUGGAUCCUUGUCCCAGUAUGGGAUGAAGCACAUGAGGUCUUUUGCAAACAUCUGCAAUGCAGGAAUACAGCAUGAACAAAUGGCGGAGGCCUCAGCACAGGCAUGCGUCAGUGUUCCCGCCACCCCCUGGAGUUCUCUGCACAAGGGUUUCAGUGCAUAAUGGUCGGAGGAUGAGCAGCGCCCUGGAAGAUCAAUGCAUAACUGCUGUUUAUAUGUUUCAUAGCUGUAUAUAGCUAUAUGUGAUGUUCACUUGUCACAAGUGCUUAUGCAUUCUCUGUAAAUAUAAUUUGAUCAGUGUGGGAUAUCUCUGGUAUUGUAAUUGUGAACCGUCGCUAUUAUACGACGACUGUGAUGCUAUAUUUGUUCCUAUCAUCAUUGCAAGAGAACUCAUUAAAUUAAAUUCUAUGGAAUCGUGUAUUUUGCAGCAGAAUCAGGGAUAAGGCCCUUGCUCCUUAGAACGUGUGUUGUAAUAGCAAGGCUGUGUGUGUUCGAACGGAAACAUGACCAAUGGAAAAGGGUCAUGUUAUAAUGACAAUUUGUUUGGAAUGCAAGAUCUUCAAGCCAAUUCCUUUUGGAAGGUCA